CUAAAGAGCGUUCGUCCAGCAUCAGCAACGAACCAGCAGAAGAAACGACAAAGAAGCAGCACUGGUGCAGCCAUAAAAAGCUGGAGAGGCGGCCGAUGAGCCUAUCACGAAACGGGACGUUGGAGAAGAAUGUGUCCGAGCCGCCCCAGUCUGAGCGGGGCUCCCCCUCCAGAGCGGGGUCAGGGGUCGUGGUGCCGCCCCCAUACUCUCUGGGCGGCACUGAGGCAGCUGACACCCCGCUGGAAUUAAGGGGCUCUUUGGACUGCUGGGCGUGCUCGGUGCUGGUCACUGCACAGAAUCUGAUCAUCGCUCUGAUCAACGGCGGACUGGCCAGCGUCAUCUUCGGCAUCAUCCUCACCCCUUCUCUAGUCAUGAUCAUAUUCGGCUUCCUCUGUCACUCCACGGUGCAGCCCCACGGCACUUCUCUGUACUGCUCAGACAUCCUGGAUGACGGGGGCUGCGUGGCUCUGCUGGUUGUGGGCUUCCUGCUGCUCACCCCUCUGCUCGUCCUGGCUCUCGCAGCCUUCUGUCGCCUGGCCCGACACCUCCAGCUGGGGAUGUGUUUUAUUCCCUACAGCCGAGCCGUCUACAAGAACCUGCCGGCCUCCCGCCACAGGAGGGCCGAUGCAGGGGGCUGCUGCGGCCAGCAGGGGGCUUCAGAGAGGGAGGGGAAGGGGAGUGUAUGGGUGUAGGAACACAGGAGGAUUGGAUAUGGUUGUAAUAUGCAUCCCAGUUAAAUAAUGAGGGUGGCCUGGCUUUCUUUGUUUGUUUUUUACCUAAUGAUUUGCCUCUUUUUUUGUAUCAUGUUGUACAAAGCCAUCAUAUUUCGUUGGUAGUUUUGAACUCAAUAUUGCUUUUUGUUAACAAUGAAAUGUAUUGAAUGUAUUUUAUACCUUUUUACAAUAAAGUGUCAGUCGACUUGCAAACUGAAACAGGAAGGACUGUGAAUGUAUAAGUUUAAAGUUUAAAGAAGCAUGAUAUACAUUAAACAACAUUUUGGGGGGGACAGAUGGGACAUUUGCUUAAUGCCCACCCUCCCCCAGCUUAAAAUGUGUUCCUUUUACCAAUGUUGAGACAAAAAGAACCUGCACCCAUGCUGAAAACAGUAACGAAGUUUCAGAUUUGUGUCCAAUGUAAACUGAAUUGGAGUGGCAUCCGAAUGUAAAGGCAAAAAUGAUCUUAUCAUUUGAAUCCAAAGACCUUUGUUCGACAAUGUUGUUUCAGCUUUUCUUUAGCUGCCAAACACAUGUUGCCUAUUCUCCAAUGUCUGAGUUACAAGCUACUGUUGGUUUCAUGUUGUAGGUACAUGUGUUCUUUGGUCUUUUGGUUAUCAUUUCUUUAUUUACACUGCUUUGAGUUCUACUUAGAAGUACAGUAUAUUAGCAGAUACAUCACAUGGUCAUGUUAACAAUUUGGUCCUAUUUAUCUUUCUUUAAAACUGUUACUUGAUCAUCAUUUUUUGAAAGUUAUACUAAAUGUCUAGAUUUUGAAUUUCUUUUUUGAAUUUCUUUUUGACCUUCAUCUACCUCUACUGGUCAUUUUUAGUAAUUGCAUAUUUUUUCCAUUUCUUUCCAAUGCAUUGACAAAAAACAUUGUCAUGAUAAUGAAUCUUCUUAAUGUAAAAAGACCCUCAGAGUUAAAUAGCUUUUCUUAGCAUCAUCUUGGAACGACAAUCAAUGUGUUCUAUUCUGCUUUAGCCAUUAUUGUUAUGAAGAGGCGAGUCUGGCCCUUUGUGUUUGUUUGUUUUCAGUGUAGAAAUGGUAAUUAGAUAAAAAUAUAUACACAUGUGGAUACACAAUUUGAUGUUUUUGACAUUUCUGUUUAUUCAAUAAGGAGUAUCUUAAUGUAAAAAAGUAUACACUUUUAUAUAUUUGAAUAAUUAAAUAAUCAAUAACCUCCAUAUGAGAUGUGACCCCCUCAAUGGUAGACCUGUCGUUUUUAGAAGAAAGUUGAAUU